AUGCUUUGGCGAUCAGCCACAACGAUCAGCCAGCGAUCAGCCAGCAAUCAGCCAGCGAUCCCCCACAGCGAACAGCCAGCGAUCAGCCACAGCGAUCAGCCACAGCAAUCAGCCACAGCGAUCAGCCAGCGAUCAGCCACAGCGAUCAGCCACAGCGACCAGCCACAGCGACCAGCCACAUCGAUCAGCCACAGCGACCAGCCAGCGAUCACCCACAGCGAUCAGCCACAGCGAUCAACCACAGCGAUCAGCCAGCGAUCAGCCACGGCGAUCAACCAGCGAUCAGCAACAGCGAUCAGCCAGCGAUCAGCCACAGCGAUCAGCCAGUGCGAACAGCCACAGCGUUCAGUCACAGCGAUCAGCCACAGCGAUCAGCCAGCGAUCGCCACAGCGAUCAGGCAGCGAUCCGCCACAGCGAACAGCUACAGCGAUCAGCCACAUCGGUCAGCCAGCGAUCAUCCACAGCGAUCAGCGAAUGAUCAGCCAGCGAUCAGCCAGCGAUCAGCCAGCGAUCAGCCACAGCGAUCAGCCAGCGAUCAGCCACAGCAAUCAGCCACGGCAAUCAGCCACGGCGAUCAGCCACAGCGCACAGCUUUGGCGAUCAGCCACAACGAUCAGCCAGCGAUCAGCCACAAUGAUCAGCCAGCAAUCAGGCUGCGAUUCCCCACAGCGAACAGCCAGCGAUCAGCCACAGCGAUCAGCCACAGCGAUCAGCCACAGCAAUCAGCCGCAGCGAUCAGCCAGCGAUCAGCCACAGCGACCAGCCACAUCGAUCAGCCACAGCGACCAGCCAGCGAUCACCCACAGUGA